AUGAUGGAUGAGGCUUACGACCCAAAACACAAGGCUUCAAGUGUCACUAGCACCACAAGUACUAGCACCAAUGGUACCGCCCCUUCCCUCUUUUCAGGUACUUCAAGCGUAGGUGGUGGAGACCUUGACGAUUUCGGUGCUAUUGAAGCCCUUGAUCCAACCGCAAGCCUCUCUAUCCCUGCUGAUGAAGAUUACUUUUUCCUCACCAAGCAGGAUGAGCAAUGUAUUCAACCACCUGCUCAAGACAUUCUUGAUAAAUUCUUUGACAUGCAAUCUUUGGAAAUGCCACCACCUGCUCCACAACAACCCUCUGCACAGACAUCUUCAUCAUUAUCAUCAUCAUCAGCACCUGCACCUGCACCACAACAACAUGAAGAGCUCCCAUCACGGAAACGUAGAACAUCUGUUAUUAGCCAAGAUAGCAAUACAAAUGUCGAGCUACCCCAAGACAAGAGGAUACGUGAUCUGCUAACCGAUGAAGAACGUCGUGCCAACCAUAUUGCUAGCGAACAAAAGAGACGCAAUACAAUCCGUACCGGUUUCAAGGAAUUGACUGAUAUCAUCCCCACUCUAAAGAACAUCAACAAUUCAAAGAGUACGAUCCUAUUCAAGGCUGUUGAAUACGUGCGUCAUCUCGAGAAAAGAAAUCGAGGAUUACGUGACAAGUUGGCAUCCUUGCAAUUACGCCUUGAAGUCGAGAGCCGUUUUGGUCGACGCCAUCAACAGCAAACGACGACUACUACUUCUACUACGGGCAACAACCAUGGCCAUCGUUAUUCGACAACGACAUCAGCCAGCAACGAGAAUAGCGCAUCGUCAUGUCGAUUGGCACCUGAGACACUUGCCGCCUUGAUGGCUCACAAGAAACAACAACGACAACUCGAGUUGUUGCAAGAGCAGUUGAGGAUGCAGCAAGAGUUGUUAGCUAAACACAAUAUUGCAUACCCAACAUCGACAUCACACAUUAACAUUCCAUCAUCUUCGUCUCAUCAUAACACGUUCUCCACUCCUUUUGCAUCACCUCGUCGUCAUAGCACACUCCCAACGACAGCAACAACAACCCAACAUGGUGGUAGUUUUCAUCGCUUGUAUGGAGCCACCAAUGCUCCUAGUCUCAACAUCCCUGCAGAUGAAGAAUUCAAUACCGAGCACAAGCGGCGUGAACAGUUGCUGAGCUGUCAUCGCAAUUACAAACCUUCACGAUCAACAUCUCUGACUUGA